AGUAAGGAUGAGUUCGGAGAUGGGCAUGAUCGGCCAAGUAGUUGGCCAGUGGGGGUCUUUUCCACCCAAAUGUGUUGCCAUUAACUACCAAGAUGGUAUCAAUGCCAUCUUAAAAGGCCCCGCAAAGUUGCUUGGAGUAGGUUUUUAUGCAAGGCAGGAUAAAAAAAUAAUUGGAAAUAUAUUUCUGAGAUUCUAUUAAAUAAAUGUAAGCUGACAAUUCACUAUAUUAUAUUCAGUACUAUUAUUAAACAACCCCAAGUAUGUAUAUAGUGGUACGUUAACCUGAGCGGUCUUAUAUUUUUUUUGUGCUGCAGAAUAAAAAUCGACUCAAAAUUUGAAAGGAAGUAAAAUGUCGGCACCAUCGUCUGAAAAUCGCCACUGUGCCUACUGCCUCGUCACUGUUCUCCCUGAAAAUGUCAAGCUUUGUGGCCAAUGUCACCGCCGAGCUUACUGCAGUGAUGAAUGUCUAAAAGUAGACUGGGCUCGGAACGGUGAUGGACAACAACACGAAAAAUGGUGUGACCUCAACUGCGGCGAAGAAGAUUUGGACUGGAAGGUCAUUCCCGUAGCAGGAAAAGGGCUUGGCGUCAUUGCCUUACGCUAAAUUCCAGCCAACUCAAGAAUUAUUGUGGAUGCAUGGUGAACAAACGAUUUGGAGAUAGGAGUCCGACUUAUCAACGACUUGGAACCCGCUUCUGGAACUUUUCAGGACAAGGUUAACCUAAAUUCGUUUGGUUUGUCGGAGGAGUCCAUUUUUACUUGUGCCCGCAUGUCCAGAGUUAAUCAUAAGUGUGCUGCAAAUGCCGGCACCAUUUCUGCGUCCGAGUCGAAGGUCAUGAUCUUGUAUUCGAUGAAAGAUAUUGAAAAAGGUGAGGAAAUCUGCACUUCCUACAUCUACAUGGAUGAUAAGCGUUUCGCUAAGGAUCCCAUUCCUACUGAUGGCACACGACUGUACUUGAAAAAUACUUAUGGAAUAAUCUGUCCGCCUGAUUGCAUCUACAGGGACAAGGAAAUGCAAAUGAUCGCAAAAGAACACACUCAACUAUUCGACAAUAUGAACGAAUGGUCGCCAACACAUCUUGUCAAUCCUAAUCUUUUAAUGAUGCCAACGAUCAAGCGACUUGUGGAAAUCUGUGAAACUGUUCCAAUCCUGGAGGGAAAUAUUGUCGACAUUCUGCUCAAUGCGUAUUGUGCCGCACGACAUGCCACUGGCGAAACAGUACUUGGAACGGUGCAAAGCUUUGGCUCAGAAGAGGUAUCAUCCGGAAUCAGAGAAGAAUAAGAGGUUCAUGCUGCCAGGGUUUAGUAUGGAUUAAUUGUGA